AUGGACGGACUUGGUGAUCCAGUCCGGGGAGUAGUCGAAAUCGUCCAGCUGAAUCCGACCGACCUUAGUGCACAAGUAGUAGUUGUCUCUGGCGAUUUUGCCUCGUUUGUGCAAGUUCUGGAGAGCGUCGCCAAUGAGUUGUUCAGAAGGCCCGUAAUAAGGAGAAGUGUCAAUUGCGUUGAUAUUGUUCUGGAACGCCGCGUACAAAAGAUCCUCGAUCUUCAUCGAGUAUGGGUCGUCAUUGUACUGGGUGUUGAAGGUUGCACCGCCCAGAAUGAGCGGCGAGAUAUCCUGCAACUUGCCAGAGACUUUUGGGAUGGACAUUAA